AUGGUUGUGAUUCACAAGAUUCCCAUUACCCUCGCUUUCCUGGCAUCAAUUGCCGCAGCUGUUCCUACUACGGCCAAACCGGCCAGCAAGUUCUCAGUCAACCAGGUUUCUCGUCCCGCGACGAAGACUACCAACUUCGCUGCGAACUAUGGACGUGCUCUGUCCAGAUAUGGAGUAUCUGUCCCUUCACAUGUUGAGGCUGCUGCCGCUGCCAGUGGUAGUGCCGUCACUACUCCAGAGUCUGGUGAUGUGGAGUAUUUGACUCCCGUCUCCAUCGGCGGUACUACCUUGAACCUGGAUUUUGAUACCGGUUCUGCUGAUCUCUGGGUUUUCUCCAAUGAGCUUUCUAGCUCUCUGCAGAGAGGUCACUCUGUCUAUAACCCCAGCAAGAGUGGCACUAAGCUGGCUGGUGCCUCCUGGUCCAUUUCGUACGGCGAUGGAAGCGGCGCAAGCGGUGAUGUUUACACCGACACCGUUACUGUUGGCGGAGUCACUGCCUCGAAGCAAGCUGUUGAAGCUGCCAAGAAGAUCAGCUCCCAGUUCCAGCAGGACACAGAUAAUGACGGUCUCCUGGGUCUCGCUUUCAGCAGCAUCAACACUGUUUCACCGACUCCUCAGAAGACCUUCUUUGACAGUGUCAAGAGCUCGCUUGCGAAGCCUCUGUUUGCUGUUUCCUUGAAGCACGCAGCCCCUGGUGUCUAUGACUUUGGUUUCAUCGACUCCUCCAAGUACACCGGUUCCAUCGCUUAUACCAGCGUUGACAACUCCCAGGGAUUCUGGAGUUUUUCUGUUGACGGAUAUAAGGUCGGUAGCAAGUCCGGCUCUGGUUUCGAUGGAAUUGCCGACACUGGCACCACCUUGCUUCUUCUUGACGACUCCGUUGUUUCUGCUUAUUACUCGCAAGUUCGCGGUGCCAAGAAUGACCAAAAUGUCGGUGGAUAUGUCUUCCCCUGCUCCGCCACCCUUCCUAGCUUCAGCGUUGAUAUUGGUUCCUACACCGCCACCGUCCCCGGUUCUCUGAUCAACUACGGUGACUCUGGAGCUGGAUCUUGCAUUGGAGGUAUUCAGUCGAACUCUGGAAUUGGCUUCUCUAUCUUUGGUGAUAUCUUCCUCAAGAGCCAGUAUGUUGUCUUCGAUGCCAGUGGGCCCCAGCUGGGCUUUGCUCCCCAGUCUUAG